GUUCGUGGCCAACCGAACGACGAUACGCACGCACUUUCAGUUUCGUAGCUGGCUGGCUGGCUGGCUGGCAUGGUGUGCUUCUUGUGAUCCAACCGCGCAACAACUGGUCGCGAUCACAAUUACCCUUGAUUACAGUGAUCGAGUGAUAGGAGACGUUGAUCUGUGAUCGAGCUCUAGUGAUUAGCAAACAAAAAAAUCCUAUUAGUUCUAGUGCAAAACUUGCAACACGUGAUUAACUGUGAUUUUAAAGGACUGCAUUUCAAAAAGUGUCUAGUGAUACGUUAAGCUAAAAUAACGUUUUAAGUAAAUUAAAAUAAUUUGAGUGUGUGAAAAAAAUUGCUACAAUCCAUCAUGGGAGACGAAAAGGCGAAAGCGGAUCCAUCGGCUCCAUCCGCACCGGAAUACAGUGUGGGCGACUUCAAUUCCACCACUAAACUGGCCGAUUCGCAGAUCAUCUCCGAUGCCGAGUACAAUCCGUUCGAGCACCGACAAAUCGAGAAGCCAAACAGUACGGCCGGUUCGUUGAUUCACCUGCUGAAGAGUUCCCUCGGUACGGGCAUUCUGGCCAUGCCGGUAGCGUUCAAAAAUGCCGGUCUGCUGUUCGGUGCCAUCGGUACGGUCAUCAUCGGGUUGAUCUGUACACACUGCGUGCAUAUACUGGUUAAAACAUCCCACAUGGUCUGUCAACGAACAAGGAUACCGGUGCUAGGAUUUGCCGAAACAGCAGAGCGCGUCUUCCAGUAUGGACCGGCGAAGCUUCGACCCCUGGCCGGCUUUUCAAAAGCCUUCGUCGACUAUGCCCUGAUGGCGACGUACUUCAGUGCCGGAUGCGUGUACAUCGUGUUCAUCGCGACAUCCUUCCACGACGUUAUCAACCACGAAACUGGCAACGACUGGAGCGUGCGGAUCUACAUUCUGCUUACGAUGAUACCGAUACUGCUGAUCGGACAGAUCCGGGAGCUUAAAUAUCUCGUACCGUUCUCCGCCCUCGCCAACCUGUUCAUUGUCGUCACGUUCGGUAUCACGCUGUACUACAUCUUCAAGGAUUCGCUCGAGUUUGACGAUAAGCCAAUGUUUGCCUCCUUCGGUACACUGCCACUGUUCUUCAGUACCGUCAUUUUCGCGAUGGAAGGCAUCGGUGUAGUAAUGCCGGUCGAAAACUCAAUGUCCAAACCGCAACACUUCCUCGGGUGCCCGGGCGUGCUAAAUACGGCCAUGGGUACCGUCAUCGUACUGUACGCCGUGAUUGGAUUCUUCGGUUAUGUGCGGUUCGGGGACGAGUCUAAGGGUAGUGUGACUCUCAACCUUCCCCUCGAGGACUCACUGGCGGUAGCAGCACAGAUUCUCAUCGCCCUUGCCAUCCUGUUCACCUUCGGUCUGCAGUUCUACGUCCCCAUGGACAUUCUGUGGCGCAAGAUCCACGACAAAAUACCAAAGAACAAGCACAUGAUUUCCCAGAUUGCCCUGCGGUCCGGCAUUAUGAUUCUGAUGGGCGGUAUCGGACUGGCCGUUCCGGAGCUCGAACCGUUCAUCGGUCUGGUCGGAGCCGUCUUCUUCUCCAGCCUCGGUCUGUUUGUGCCGUGUGUCGUCGAAACCGUGUUCCUGUGGCCGAACGAGCUGGGCAAGUUCCGCUGGGUGCUUAUCAAGAACGUCAUCUUCGGAGCGUUCUCGAUCUUUGCGCUCGUCGCGGGUGCGUACGUCAGUAUUAAGGAUAUCGUCGAGCUCUACACCGACAGUGACGAGCACACGGAGUAGGACACUGGCUGGCGAACCAACGAUCAGAACAAAAAAAAGGAACAAUUGUUGAGCGUUAGAAACGAUCCAUCAGCGAUACAAACACAGUAUACACAGUACCCACACAGUGUGGAGAGCAGACUGCGAAGGGGUACGAGGUAGAGGAUAGGCUUUUACUUUACGAUCAUUGUGACACUUAUCGUUGUGUAUCUUAAAUUAAGAUACAAAUCGAAUAGUAACGCCAGAACACAUUUACGCAAUGGAAGCAAAUGCUCUGCGGCCACAGGUAUCGAUUUCUAUUUAUGUUUGACGCGUACGUUUUUUCUUAUACUUACUAGCCAUAGGAUAAAUACUGUUUUGUGUGGAAAUAAAUAUGUUGACAAAAAA